AGAGAGAGAGAGAGAGAGAGAGAGAGAGAGAGACAGAGGGAGAGACAGAGAGACAGAGAGACAGAGAGAGAGAGAGAGAGGAGCCCCGGGCCCCCGCCUCCAGCAUGAUGUCUUACCUCAAACAGGCCCCGUACGGGAUGAACGCACUGGGCCUGAGCGGUUCGGCCCUGGACCUGCUGCACCCGGCGGGGGGGUACCCCGGCAACCCGCGGAAGCAGCGGCGCGAGCGCACCACGUUCACCCGGACGCAGCUCGACAUCCUGGAGUCGCUGUUCGCCAAGACGCGCUACCCGGACAUCUUCAUGAGGGAGGAGGUGGCGCUGAAGAUCAACCUGCCCGAGUCCCGGGUCCAGGUCUGGUUUAAGAACCGACGAGCCAAAUGUCGGCAGCAGCAGCAGCAGAGCAGCAGCAGCGCCGGCGGCGCCAAGGUGAAGCCCAUGAAGAAGAAGCCGUCUCCGACCAGAGAGAGCACCGGGUCCGAGAGCAGCGGUCAGUUCACGCCGCCGCCGCCGGCGUCCAGCUCCUCCGCCUCCUCGUCCUCGUCCGCCUCCUCCGGUCUCGCCGGUCCCGGUCUGAUCAGCACCUCUUCCUCCGUCACCGCCCCGGUGUCGUCCAUCUGGAGUCCGGCGCCUAUCUCCCCGGCCCCGGCCCCGGCCGCGCUGCCCGACCCGGCCGCCCCCACCAGCGCCUCCUGCAUGCAGCGCUCCGCGUCGUCCUCCUCCGCCGCGGGCGCGACGCCCUCCUACCCGGUGUCGUACGCCCAGACGGCGGCGGCGUACGGCCAGGGCUACCCGGCCUCCGCGUCGGGCUCCUACUUUGGCGGCGUGGAGUGCGGCUCGUACCUGGCGCCCAUGCACUCCCACCACCACCACCACCCGCACCACCCGCACCAGCUCAGCCCCAUGACGGGCGGCUCCAUGUCGGGUCACCCGCACCACCACAUCGGCCAGACGUCGGGGCACCACCACCACCACCACCACCCGCCGCACCACCACCAGGCGUACAGCGCGCCGGGCCUCGCCUUCAACUCCUCGGACUGUCUGGAUUACAAAGAGCAGACGGCGGCGGCGUCGGCCUGGAAGCUCAACUUCAACGCCUCCGACUGUUUGGACUACAAAGACCAGGCGUCCUGGCGUUUCCAAGUGCUGUGACUUCCUGUGUUUCUCUUCCUCUGCGCGUCCAAAGAAGAAGUCGACUUCUUCUUCUCCGUCGAACUGACAGUAGCAGGAAGCUCGGCCCGGAUUAUUUUUCUACUCCAGAACUCGAGAGAAACCCGACGCAGUUACAACUUCCAUCCGGAGACGGAGCCGCGUCUCGGCUCAAGGAGAAACAAAACGCAUCUUUGCAUCUUCUGAUCUUCCGUGAGACUGUCGGAGCUCCGCCUCCGUGUGCGUGUCCAGAGACUCGGAGAGAGGCGGAGCCGCAGCACUUGUUAAUGAGGUGAAAGAUUUUUUUUGUUUGUUGUUGCUAUUUUGUUCUUUGCAGAAAGAUGGAAACACACGGUGUCAGUGUUCCGUUGAACUUUGACAGAUGUACACGUCCGUGUCUUUAUAAUAAAGUCUUGUUAAAACAUGAAAA